AAGUCUCCCGUUCACAGACUCACGCGACGUUCAGGAGCAAACAUUCCACCUUUUCCGCAUUCUUCGCUGCGCUUCGAGAGCGCAGUGACACACAGGUGCGACAGCUGAAUCACCGGGAGGCUUAAGCCUGAUUUAAUUUGCCUACUGGACCUACUGGGUCAAAGGUCAAAGGUCAAAGGUCAAGGAAAGCUCAGCAAUAGGCUUCUGGGAUGGCACUGUUUCUCCGCCUCGUGUCGGCUCUGGCGGUGCUGAGCUCCUGCCUGUGUGCUCCGCCCGGGGUCCCUGACGUGGACACCUUCGACCUGGAGAAUUAUGACCUGAACGGGGAGACCGACUGGGAGAACAUCGAUCUGAACAACUACGGCGAGACCUACGACUACGACGAUCUGGACCCGGCGCAGAUUGAGGUGGGGACAGUGGCUCCCCCUUCGUCUGAGACGGCGUCACCCCAGAAUAUCCCCCCCCCUGAUUACGAGGAGGAGGUCACCUUGCCCCCCCGGCCCACCCAACGUCCCUCCCAGGCCCCCGUUCCUCCCAGUCUGGACUUCCAGGGUCCUGGCCUCUUUGGUCCUGAGACUGGAUUGGGACUGCCCACCUGUCUGCUGUGCAUGUGCGUCAGCACCAGCGUGUACUGCGACGAUUCUGACAUCGAACAGAUCCCGCCCCUGCCCAAAGAGACAGCCCACUUCUACGCUCGCUUCAACAAGAUCAAGCACAUCAAGGCCAAGGACUUCGCAAACCUGAACAAGCUGAAGAGGAUCGAUCUGACGGCGAAUCGGAUUUCGGAGAUCGACCAGGACGCCUUCCGCUCCUUGCCGGGGCUGGAGGACCUGCUGCUGGCAGAGAAUCAGCUCCGGGGCCUGCCCGAGCUGCCCGUCACCCUGAGGCACAUCGACGCCAAAAACAAUCAGCUGGAAAGCGCCGGGUUCCAUCAGGAGGUCUUCAAGGAUAUGACUCAGCUGGAGUUCCUGUACCUGUCCCACAACAAGCUGGACUACAUUCCCACCCCGCUGCCAGAGAGCCUGCGUGUGCUGCAUCUACAGUACAACAACAUCCAGACCCUGCACGAGGACACCUUCUGCAACCGCCACGACCCCAACUAUGUGCGUCGCCCCCUAGAGGACAUCCGGCUAGACGGAAACCCCAUCGUCCUCAGUCACUUCGCCCAGUCGUAUAUCUGCCUGCCGCGUCUGCCCGUGGGACGGAUGCGCUAAGGAGCCCGUGCCAAGACACAGGACCCCCAGUCCCUGUACUGCACCCCCCUGCCCACCCCCCCACAAAGCCCCCCUCCAAACCUCUGUCCUCACUGAUCGUUUUAGAGUAGAGUUUAAUAUGUGGUGGAAAGUCCAGUGAUCAGAAAGUAGAAGUCCGGCCUUGUGUCUCUUCCACCCAUGAACUCUGAAGCCAGCUGAUUCCACUGCUUAGUUCUACCUCCCGGCUGAAGAAUUGUGCUAAUUAGCAAAUCCAUUGAUGAUUGGAAUAAAAUACCAAGGGAGGACUUUUACUUUUCUGAACCCUGGAUUGUCCGCCUUUGAGAUUCAUUCUGUACUGUUAGCAAUGUUCUGCUCCUUCAGCUUACCUGAGGUUACUAUUAUGGGAGCUCACUCACCAAAUGUACAGCAUUGAGCUGCAUAUUGCAGUGCGUAUUCCAUUCACACUCCAUACCAUCGAGGAAAAGGGCUCGUUCACUGUUAGUGCCAAAAAACAUGGGUGUGUCUAAGGAUAGCUCUGCAUAAGUUACAAUCAUAUUACUGCCAUUAAUCUGAUCUUUCUACUUUUUUUUUAUUAAACCACAUUGCAGGAAAGUAUUUUCUUCUCAGUAUACAGACGCAUCUUAAAGGUUUUGUUGUUUUAGUAGAAGUAGUCGGGCAAGUCAGGCCAAGUAAAAUGGACAAAGAUCGUGUGCAAGCUUCGGUAUCAAGAUACUUCCACGUGCUGAGGAUAUUUCAGCUCAUAUGCAAUGUCGAUAUCUCACCACACGUUGGCAGGCUUUCCUCAGUUAUCAGUAAUGCAGCGCUUUCUCCGUCACACUCUCUCUCUUUCGCUCUCUCACUCUCUUCCUUUCUCUUUCCCUCUCUGUAUCCCCACCAUGCUUUACAAAACUGUCAAGCUGUGUGGAACGAGGUUCCUUUCCAUCACCUGGUAAAGUGAGGACUUGAAUGUGACUGAGCCGCGGUGGUGAAUGAAAUGCUCUCCUGUUCUCUUACACAAACAGCUGAAGGUCACUUGUUUGGUCAAAAAUAAAAGGUUCACCCCUCGA